AUGUCUGGUGGUGAAGAGCUGUCAGAAAUAUUAUCUAUUAAUAUGAAAUUAGAUGAAUUAGAAUCAAAACUCUCAUCUGGAGACAGUUCAAAAGAAAGUGUAAUGGGAGCGAUUAAUGAAACUAAGGGGUCUAUUCUUCCGAUGAGACUGAAAUUUAAUGAUUUUCUGCAGACGAUGUCCUCUAUUGAUAAGAUGCAAGAAGUUUCACCAGAUGAAAAAUUUUUAUUGAUCAAGAGUAAAUUGUUAGAAUUGACAAAUAGUAUGCAACAAGUUUCUGAAGAAUUUACCAAAUUGCAACCACUUUUUGAUACUGUUCCUGAAUAUGCAGAAAGGUAUGGUAAUAAAAGGUAUUUACCGCUAGAAACGCUACGAUCAGCGACAAACGGGAAUGGAAAUGAUUUCUCCGCACAACAACUAAAUCAACCAAAUCAACAAAUACCUCAGUCACAACAAUCUGUAAUGGAAUCACAACAAGCUCAACCACUACAGCAGCAGCAAUUGCAGCAGCAAUUGCAACAACAACAACAACUGCAACUGCAACAACAACAACUGCAACAAUUUCAACUGCAGCAACAACAACAACAACAACAAAUCAAUGGAAAUUCAGCACCUUCUGUCAAUUCUGUUCAAUCGAGAAAGAAAAGCAAAUCAAAUGCAGGAACUCCUGGUAGUAAUGUAAACACACCAUCUGGAGGGGUUACAAUUAAUAAUGUUACACCAUCUUCUAAAAAACCAAGAAAACCACGGCAACCGAAGAGAACCCCAUCAGGUCUAAAUAUGGGUAUGGGAAUAGGAUCUGUGCCAACACCAAUAAUGUCAUCGUCAAAUUUUACACCUCAGAAUGUACAAUCUCCAGCUAUCGGUGGUGGUAAUGUAAUGAGUGCAUCUAAUGGUAAUAUUAAUGGUAACGGGGGAAAUUCAGUUCAAUCGGUUAAUGGUGUCCCACCAACAAGUACAAUGAACACACCGAUGAAUAAUGUGAUGUCACCAUUGGGUAACACACCCUCAGGGUUUGGUCUUUCGCAAUCACAUCCUCCACAACCCUUACCUCAGCAGUUAACACAACAAUUAUCACAACAAUUGACACAACAGAGGCAACAACAAGUCCAGCAGCAACGACAUCAACAGGCUCAGGCUCAGGCCCAGGCCCAGGCCCAGGCUCAAGCUCAGGCUCAGGCUCAGCAGCAGCAACAACAACAACAACAGGCUCAGCAGAAUCCUUCUCAGCCGCAGUAUGGUAUGGCACCACACUCAGGACAGCUACCCCAGGCUCAAAUUAAUAUGAAUACUAUAACACCGGCAAAUAUUUUGAGCAUGAACAUGGCAGCGGACAAUCAACAGAAUUGGGGAAGUCGGGGAGGAAAGGAUUUCGACCCAUUGGAUAUUAACAAUUUGGAUUUUGGUAAUUUAAACAUGGACUUCAUAUGA